GGACACCGAUCGCAAUCUGAUCAAAAUUAUGCUCUCCUACCGCGUGCAUACCGACCCAGAACCAGAGAUGAUUUCAUGCGGGCCCUGUCCAGCGAAGAGUCCACUGGUACUCGGUACAUACAUUCAGGUAGUCAGAUCUGGUGGUACGGAGUAUCGUACAGUAACGGAGGACUUCCGUCGACGAGAAUUGGCUCUCUCUUCCUUCUGGCGUGCCACGGAGCAAAGCCCCAGUCUGGCAUGAGGCCAUGACACAGGACCCGUGUGGGUAGUCGUGACUUGCUUGGAUCCUUGCUAUGCCAUGCCAUCCAUCGAAUUGGCGAGUGCCGCAGAUCAGAAAAACAGCCGAUGAGAGCUUGUUCUCACGUUUUGCUUCAGAGAUGCCGCUGUGCCCAAUGCCCCUCUCUCUCCAUCCUGCCGAGAUGCUACUUCGUAUCCAGAGACGAUUCAAGCUUGGAAGCUGCAGGGUUUGGAUUUUUUUUUAGUGGGCAAAUCCACGGCGCGGCAUCAUUUCCGGGCCUGUCCAAGCAGCGACUGGUAGGUAUUACUCGUACAUACAGUAGGUGGUAUUGCUCUCUGCUCUCACCAACAGCAAUCUUACUGGGUACGAGAAGCAAAAGUGCUUCGCGCUACACGUUGGCUGGCGGCUUGAGCUUGUCCUCGUUUGGGUCCGUUCUCGCAGGAUCUGCAUUUCUAGCCGCGAGGGAGAAAGAUGCGAUGUUACUCUCCUCGUGGCAAAUGCUCUUCAUGUUGCUAUUCUUAACAUACAUACUUCUGCUAGCACAAGGACUUGAUCGCCAAAAUGCACUGCCGGCAACCAUUACAGAGAAAUCAUUUGACUCUCGGAGAUUGAACAUGCUUUACCUGAUGCAGCCCGUUGCUGUCACGGUUUCAAUUGGACGCUACAAAAAUUGGCCCGAGAAGCCAAUAUCCUUGCUGGACUGGUGGACAAGGCACGGCCCCAAUGCUGCUCGUGGACGGAAAUUCAGUGUGGAGUGCACUAAUAGUGCUGUGCCUCGUUUAUAGUCUGUACGACUUGCACAAGGCCGACAUUACCAUGUGUUACAUACAGUGUUAUACCUUGCAGGGGGAUGACUUCUGAGACGACCGUUCAUCUUUUGGUGUUGACCAGAGCAGAUGGGAUCGGAAGCUUCAGCUGCACGGCUCAAACUCUAUUCUCUUCUCUCUCUUUCUUCCUUCUCGAGGCGUCUACGCUGACUGUCAAUCAACAAGGAUCUCGAUUCAGAUCGCGUUCCUGAGCCGUUUUUUCCCGUUUCUUGUCCGUGCG